AUGGGAAAAAGAAAUGUUAACAUAACUUUACAAGAACGUCACAUUAACUGGAUGUUGAAUUGCCACGAUCCAACUCCGCUCGCGUUUUUUCAAUGUAUAUUUCCAGCGCAUCGAAAUAAAGCUUCUGAAAAAUAUCAUAAAAUACUCGAUCUGGCUUUGGGUGAAACUGAUGACGAGGAAAUCCUGAAUAAGCUCAAAAAAAUGAAAGAAAUGGUGGAUGAAAAAAAGAUGCUAAGAGACUGGGAAUCAUGGAUGCAACAGAAAACAGCGAUUCUCAUUCGUCGUAAUGUACGUAAAACACAUAUGAAUCUUCAUAAAGAAAUAAGCUCGAUGACAUUAAACAAGGAUGUAAACGAAAUCGAAGAGUUUUUUAUAAGCAAGGAUAAUGACGGCAAGGUUUAUAGAGAUGAUAUCGGCGAUGGUGACAAUUUCAUAGAACGUACAGAAGAAAAUCAACCAACUACUCGUCGAUCGUGGGUCUCAAUAGCGGUACCAACUCUCGCGUACUGGAACAUCCUCGAUUUAACAGAAGAUACCCAAAUAAAAUCUUUAUUUUCAACGGAUGACUGGGAAGAAAUAAACGAAAGCUUCAAAAAAGACGUGAAGUUAGAUGAAUCAGAUAUACCGAAUGUUGUUGAAUAUUUUUUCGAUGAAGUAGAAAAGAUAACCAAAAAAGAUGAUGAAUAUAUCAUCAAUGCGAUUGAUGGUUUAACUCCGGAGAUGAUAGAAAAAAAUAGGAAAGUCAAAUUCAGUGAUGAGGAAAAGGAGAUCUUUAAUGGAUUAAGACGUGCCGUUAUUACCUAUGCCGAAAAUUUGAAGGAUCUUGAAGUUCCCAUGUCAGAAGCUGACUUUGACAAUUCAUUUCCAAAUAUGUUAACAAAAAGAUUUUUAAACAAACGUGAUCUCAAAAUGGACGUCGGAGAAAUUGCUUGUUGGGCUUCUGCCCGUCGAAGAAACGAAGGACGCUCAAUAGUCCUCCGAGCACGCAUAGGCCAAAAGUGCGAUUUUCGGGGUACUUUGAAAAAUAGCAUUAAUAACCUUGAAGCCAUUAUUGGCCUUAGAAGCGGUGGUCUCCCUGUUGCACAUCGCAAAAAAGUUCACGAGGAUAGAGCCGAUCUUUCCGUAGCAAUGCGCGAUGUUCUUUAUAAUUUUUUCAAAACAAAUCCCAAUGCAUCUGGAAACGAUCUUCAUAGUACAUAUGUUCUUGGAAUUCAAUCAUGGGGGUGGAUCCACGAAACUUAUGGCAUGGACUGUAAGGCUACAAAUGUAGAACGCUUAGGAAGACUUUCUCAGAAAAAGAUGCCCAAUACUUUAAAAACGCUUGCAAUUCUUGAAGGCUUUUAUGCUACUAU